AUGUCCUCUCCACUGUUUGAGGACGACGACGAUUUCAACAACAACAACAAUCAAAACUCGCGAUGGCAGCGUUUAUACGAGCACAAAUUGGAAACUUUGUUGAAAGAACCGUCGGUGGAUUACCGACAUUCCGCGGAGAAACUUUCCAUUUUAGUCAAAAGCGGUUUAUUAGAGUUUACCGAUUUGACGAGAAAUCCCGAGCGGUUUUUCCUCGCCCAUCGAUUACUCGUGCGCAAAGGGUUCGAGCAAGGUCCUGGGUUUAGCAUACGGUUCACCGUGGAGUAUAACUUAUUCGGUGGGACAGUUUUGGAACUCGGGAACGACCGGCAGAGGAUGAGUUUACAAGCGAUGAGAGAACGAGGUGAACUCGGGUGUUUCGCGUUAACCGAAAAGUUAGCGGGGGUGAAUAGCGGGUUAAUCGUACAAACGACGUGCACGUGGUCGCAACGGGAGAAACGGUUCACGUUGCAAACGCCGUCGGAAAGCGCGAGAAAGAUAUGGAUUUCGCAAGGGUUGGUGGCAACCCGAGCGGUGGUGAUUGCGGAGUUGAUCGUAAGAGGGAGGAACCACGGUCCGCACGCGUUUUUGGUGAACAUGAGGAAACAAAGGUUGGGACCGUUGAUUCCGAACAUUAAAGUAGGCGACAUGGGAGAUAAAACAACCGGAAAUGAUUUAGAUAACGCGUGGAUUGAGUUUAAUUCAGUCAAACUCCCAUAUUCAGCUUUGUUAGAUAGACACGACGGGAUCGACGUGAGAACCGGCGCCUACGUACAGAAGAGCGCGGGAACGAACAACGAAAGACAUUUGACGAACAUGGAUAGGAUUGGACAGAGAUUAUACACCGGGAGAGUCGCCGUGGCGCAAGGCGCGCACGAGUUCCGGAAACGUUUGUUCCAUAAGACGAAAGCGUUUGCCGAUCAGAAAGAGACGUGGGGAUUUUCCGAAAAGAACAACGGGGCGAGAGAGAACGCCGCGGAUAUAGCGUCGUCGUCGUCGGCGGCGGCGGCGAGUGCAACGAACAAACGUUUCGGCGCACGGAGAAGGAGUAAAUACGAGCCUAUCGCAGCAGUGACGGCGAUGCACGAAAGAGGGCCACCGUUAUCGCAAGUCCCGCAGCUUCGUCAGCUGUUUAUCGUCGCCAAGGAACAGGAAAUGAAGAUGGAUGCGUUUCUGGUAAACGUGGAGAGGAAACUGUGCGCUUCGUUGAGGAAAAAAGAACGAGCAUCGAAAGCGCUCGUAGAAGCGAUUGCUGCAGCAAAAAUCUUAGCGGUGGAGGAUGCCAUCGAUUUGACGCACAGAUUGAGACAGGAAACCGGCUCCUACGCGUUAAUGGCGCACACUGGAUUUGAACACUCCGAUUUCCUCAUUUGUUGUAAAUUCGCCGAAGGCGAUUCGAGAAUAUUAGAGUUGAAGCUAGCCAGAGACAGAGUGAAAACGCCAAACGUCAACGAACGCGAGUCCGAACGCGUGGCGAGAGAAAAACUCGUGGAAGGUUUGCGCGCGGAUCAAACGCAAGGCAUGACGAUUCAAAAAGCGUGGAGACGCAGAUGGAGAGAAGCGUACGAUUUAGCCGAGAUUGCGGCGAGAGCCAUCGUGGAUGAUUGGAACGAGCAAUCAGACGCCGAACACAACGCCGGUCAAAUCCUAUCAAGGUUAUAA